UUUUCUUCCUUGUCUGACGAACUAAGUAUUUCCGGCCACACCCAGCCGGAAAUAAAAAUCCAUUUCCUGUUUGAUCUGUUUGAAUACCAAUCUAUCAUACGCAGUUUGAUCUGUUUGAAUACCAAAAGUAAAUACGUGAAAUAGUAACAAUACUAUGUGUCUGCUUGUGUUGAUGAAAGGGUAUGGUCUUCUUACCGUGCAUGUUGCAACUUGUGGAUAAAGUCAUGUUUUUGCGCAAAUCUGUUUAUUUCCAUUGAGUCACUCAAAACUAGGGGAUUCUGGUGACCCUCUGAGAUCUAUAUUAGCAGAACAGUUUACACUAGAGAAAUAAGCAAACACAUCACUUAAUUAAUUGUUUCUAUGAACCAUGUAAUAAGAAAUUUUUUGGACGGAUAAUUAUGACGUCAAAAGAUUCAUAACACGUGGAUGCGUGACAGAAGAGAGAAGCUUUACAAAACAACCUUAAAUCAUAAUCCCUCCCAAAUGAAGUACAAGACCUCAACAAACUGUGAUAUCCACAUUAGUCAGGAAUAGUAACUGCUCAUUCUAAUUUUUAACACCAAUGGAGAGUUACCUAAUCUUCAUAUGAAGUUUAUAUUUCUUUAACAUUCUAUGCCUAGCAUUUUAAUGUUGUUAUUUUUGUAGUAAUGAUAUUGUAGAAUAACUUGUCCAUUUGUGUAUCAUGUCUGUGAUGAAAUUUUUUGGAGUAUUACGUAUUUUCAUUGCCUUAUUGACAGUACAUUGGGCUGUUACUAGUAUUUUUCAAGGAGAAAAAAGAAGUUAUAUGAGUUCCUUAAUUCUCUCUACUUUUACACCUCCGUUUUCCAACCACGACGCCCUUAAUGUGCUUUUAUUUUAAUAAUUUGUUAAAUACAAUGUGUGUUUUUUAACUUCAUUUCUGAACUACGUUAAUUAUGUGGAUGUGUAUUUUGGUGUGGUUUUAGAAUCAUUGUUUUAUGGAAAUGUGGUUAUCAAACACGUUUUCUAACUAAUACCUAUGUAAUGUGAGAUUAGGGGUUAUACGAAACCGAAGAAACCGACCGAAGUAAUCGGUUCGGUUCGGUUUGAGCGAGAAAUUCGGUUUGGUUUUUUGUUACAGAAAAUUAUUUUUUCGGUUCGAUUUUCGGUUUUCAGUUUUACUGAAGUUUCCACAGAAAAAACUGAACCGAAUUGAAUUAUACAUACCCUACCAUAGUUUUUAAUCCUAGCCAUUCAUCUCUAAAAGUUUGGGGAAAUCCUAGCCGUUCACUAAAACCUAUAUAUAUGUACAAAACCCUAAAUUUAUCAUACACAGCCGCACAACACACAACUCAGAUCCAUCUCUGAUCUGAGGGUUAAAACUAUCGAUGAAACCCUCUAGUCUUAUACGUUCAUUUCAGAUCGAUCAUUCUCCCUCUCUGAAGAUGAUCAAUAACAUCUCUUCGAAUGACGCCAUCUCUCUCUCUCUCUGAAAACCUCACGCAGCCACGCUGUUGAAGUGGCUCUCUCCCUUGGUUUUUCGCUGUUGUAUGCUUGAAGCUUCUCUAAUCUCGACCUCUCAAUUCUCACGGGAGCACAAAGAUAUGUCGUCCGUGAUAAAGAAGUUCUUUAUUGCCUCAAUGUUCAUGUGGGCAGCUCCAGUUGCGAUUUUAUAUGGUUUUAACCAUAAUAUAUUACCCGGUUCAACCCAUUUGUCCUCCUAUUCCAUGACGCUAUUAAGCGGAUUUCUUGCCGUCAUAUCAGUCAAUAUUGUCAUAGCAUGCUACAUAUGUAUGGCAAUGAAGGAACCUUCAGAUAAACAUGAGCCAGAUCCUGCAUUUCUCGCUAGUGCCAAGGCCAGUCUAAGCCAGAAACCAAAUGAAGUUGAGGAUUCAUCACAAACCCGCCAAAAAGAAGAGUAAGAUGGAUAUUUGGCGAAGUAGGUUUUUCAGUGGCAUGAAAGAGCAACAGAAAGUGCCGGCAUAUGCUGUAGCAGUAGCUUUUGAGAUCACUCUGUGCUUCCAAAUAGAGUGUUGUUUACCAUCACUUGCUUUUAUGCCUGAGAUUCACAUAUUAUGCUAUCACCCUUUGCAACUGUUGUACUCCUACUUGGUGAUUCUUCUAGGCAUUAUUCAUCCGGAACCUGUUCAACCCAUUUGUCUUGUUUCAUGUCAUGAGGGGAUUCGUUUGUCAUGUUAGGCCUAGGUUCUCAUGCGGUGUAGAGUUAUGUGUUCAUACACGUGUAUUGAGAAAUUGUUUUUUUGCAAAUGGUCAGAUGCUAAUUUGUUUAUAUCAA